AUGGCCACCGACCAGCUCCGCGCCCAGGCGGGCAUAUCCCAAGGCCACGUGCCCCAGGUCUCUGGGCUGUCGCUGGCAAAAAUCAAAACCGUCGAAUAUUUCCGCGUCAAGCGGCGGUGGUUGUUUGUCAAGGUCACCGAUGAUCAGGGCGGCUAUGGCUGGGGAGAGGCGACGUUGGAGGGACAUACGAAGGUUGUUGAGGGGUUGUUGGAUGAGAUUGUGGACAGGAUUGUUGGGUAUGAGGCUGAGUAA